CUUCAUGGUGGGCGUCUCCUACAACAAUACGCUGUGGAUAAUUACGUAAAAAUUGAGUCCCACAAACUUAGGUGGAUGCGUACUUAUCAAAAGGAAAUCCGAGCAUAGUUGUAUGCUGGGCUACAAGAUUCUGUACACAUGGGUAUAAGGCAUGCAGGUGAUGUCGGACAACAAAGGACCAUAUUAGCAUCAUCAUUCGUUGGCUGUCCCCGUGACAUGUAUCAACGAUAUCAGGAUGCCAUGGCUUUAGUUCAAAAGUAUGGUAAACCAGAUCUUUUUCUCACCAUGACAUGCAAUGGUAGUUGGCCUGAAAUCCAUAAUGAGUUGUUGCCCGGACAAGCCCCAAGUGAUCGUCCUGAUUUAAUUGCUAGAGUGUUCAGGUCUAAAUUUGAAGAGUUUAAGGAUGACAUUCUCAACAAAUAUGUUUUGGGUAAAGUAACAGCGUAUGUUUACGUUAUUGAGAACCAAAAGAGAGGAUUACCCCAUGCACAUAUUCUUCUGAUCCUAGAUGAGAAUGACAAGCUGAAAACUCCUGAUGAUUACGAUAGUGUUGUCAGAGCUGAGAUCGCAGAUAAAGAAAUAAAACCCGAACUUUAUAAUGUUGUGGUGAAUCAUAUGAUACAUGGUCCAUGUGGUUCGUACAAUGCUAACUGUCCUUGCAUGAAAAAUGGAGUGUGCAAAAAGAAAUUCCCCAAAAAAUUUGCAAAUGUCACCACUAUGGGCAAUGAUUCCUAUCCAAUUUAUCAAAGACGACCGCCAAGACCUUCAGACAAUGGUGAGAGAACUGCAAUUGACAAUAGUUGGGUCGUACCUUACAAUCCAUGGCUCAUUCUAAAGUACAAUUGUCACAUCAAUGUUGAAAUUUGUAGCAGCAUUAUAAGUGUGAAGUAUCUGUACAAGUAUGUGUACAAGGGUCCUGAUCGAGUAUCUCUUGAAGUGCGUCCAGCCCCAAACUAUGAUGAGAUACAACAGUUUGUAGAUGCAAGAUGGGUUUGUGCUCCUGAAGCAGUAUGGAAGAUAUUCAAGUUUCCCAUGACUCGAAUGUAUCCAUCUGUGGAGCGGUUACAGAUACAUCUACCGAAUAAGCAGCAAGUCACGUUCUAUUGUUACCAAAGUAUUCCAAAUGUUUUGUCUAAUGAAAGGUGCGCUAGGACAAUGCUUACUGAGUUUUUUAGGACAAAUGCUGAGAAUAAUGGGGAAAAUCGCUACAUAUAUAGUGAGUUUUCACAACAUUACAGAUGGAAUCGUGGACCAAAAAAUUGGACAAAAAGGGUGGGCUAUAACAAAGUUAUUGGGAGAAUUUAUACAGUUUCACAUCUUCAAGGAGAUUUGUUCUACCUACGCAUUCUACUUAAUCAUGUAAGGGCGCCACAAUCAUGGGACGAUAUCUCAGUAAUUGAUGGAGUUAAGUGCUCGACAUUCCAACUCGCAGCUGAACAACGAGGUUUAUUAGAGUGUGAUAAUAGCAUACGACAAUGUCUAGCUGAGGCAUCUUGCACUCACAUGCCAUCCUUUCUACGAAGAAUGUUUGUGUCUAUAUUGGUAUACUGUGAGCCAACGGGUGUUCGUAGCUUAUGGAAUGAUUUUCAUGUAUUUAUGAGUGAAGACUACCCUUCUUCGACUUCUACCAACAGCUCCUAUCUUAUUAACAGAUUGCUGAGAGAGUUAAAUGACUUGCUAUCCCAACAUAAUAGAACAAUAUCUGAUUAUGACCUUCCAAGUUUCAAUCCGGGUUAUGAAGAUAGCUUUGCAGUUCCAAAGAUAAUACAAGAUAAGCUUUCUGUCUCCAUUUCUCAUCAAGAUUUGAUUUCGAUUUCUGCACUAAAUAGGGAUCAAGCCUUUGCUUUUCAUGCAAUUAUUGGAACUGUCGAGCGUAAAGAAAAUGCCACCUACUUCGUUGACGGUCCAGGAAGUACAGGGAAGACAUUUUUGUAUCGUGCUAUAUAA